UAAUACACGGAUAGCGCUCCCGGCGACGCGCCGCUCCUGUCACCGCUGUGCCGCCGACACUCGCUGUCAUAACAACGAACGACCUCUUCUGAAUUAACUUCGUUAGCGUAUUGUUAUAGCUCGGCCCUCUCUCGACACAAAUAACACCUGCCGCGACCCCUUUCAAACCACACAAUAACUGUUCUGUGUUAUCGUGCAUAUACUCACUGUGAUACUUACACUGGAAGACUUAUACUGUUUCCGGAAUAUUUAAAAAUUUAAAAGCGCUGAAUAAAAACAUAAUAGCUCAUUAACCCGAAACAAUGUAAACUCAGAGGCGGCUUCAUGACAGACGAAUCACGAUCGUGGGACUACGUCAGCCCAACUGGAAUAGAUUCGCAUGUACCGUGCGUGAAAUUAAAGGAUAAACAAAUGAAGUCCGGAGCGGCGGGAAUAAUGAAGCAGUCCGCCUCAGGAGGUGUCAAGCAGCAGACACGAGCGUGACCCGCGCGACGCGACUCGGCCGCGCAGCGGGCCAACUGGGCCAUUCGAUAAGCGUGCCCCAUUUACCUGGAUUCAGAGCGGGCGGCCAGCAGUGCGGCGGUGCAUCGGUGCUGGGCGGGCGUCCAACAUGUCGAGCAAGUCGUUCGCCACGGGGAGCAUGCGGUCGACCGCCGGGUCGGUGCGGCUCGGCGCGGGCGCGGGCGCCGGCCACGAGCUCGUGCUCGACGCGCUCUACGAACGCAAGCGCGACAAGAAGAGCGUGCGCGUGCUCACCGUCAUCAUCUACGUCUUCUGCGUCUCGCUCGCCGCCAUCAUGCUCUCCCUCUACUACGUGUUCUUCUGGGAGCCCAGCAAGGAAGCGCAGUACGCGCAGCGCAAGGUGUCUCACACUGUAGACCAGACCAGCACUACACCAAUGCCCACAUGCUUAAUGCCCCACACCGGAAGAGGCGGUGGCGCAGUAGACGAAACCUUGAACUCAACUGCAGGAACUCCAACAGCUGACAAUGCGACCGAGACGACACUAGACCCUAGUUCCUCAGUAUCAAGCUCGGAGCCGCUCCUAUCCACUGAGUCCUUUAGUCUCUCGGAAAACAAGACGAACGGCGUUCGCGCUGACAACUCUAGCGUCACAUGACAAACGAAAUUAGACUAAUAACAAUCGAAUGUAGUCCCAUUCCCUCAACUAUUCAUAGCGCCAAUCGGUAUAGUGUUGGCGACAGGCUAAUCAAAAUUAGAAAUUACUAAAGAACUAUGCAUGUUGCAUAAAACACGA